AUGUCUUUAGCUGAUUCCAAUGCUGGUGAUUUGGAUUUCGGACAAGAGGUGACGCUGGGUGAUAAGCUUAAAGGAUUCAAAUCCUCCGGGUUUGAUCCCGAAAAUUAUGUAUCAACCAAAUGCCGCACAACCAGCGAAAAGGAAAUUAAGCACUUGGUGACUUGUCUUCUGGAUCUAAAGAAGGCCUCAGCAGAAGAAAUGAGAAAAAGUGUUUAUGCUAAUUACCCUUCCUUCAUUCGUGUAUCAAGGGAGAUCUCUGAUCUUGAGGGACAACUAGUAGCCUUGCGGAACCUUUUAUCCAACCGUGCAACUAUUAUUCAUACUUUAGCAGAGGGCAUUGGGGUAGAACCCAUGUCGUCUUCUGGUCCUGGGUCGAGGAAAAAUGCUAGCUUCGACUUGGAAGAUAGAGAACCUUCUGAGAUGGAAGUUUGGUUGUCACAAUACAUGGACAAUUUGAAUAUUUUGUUAGCCGAAAGAAGAGUAGAUGAAGCUUUAGCUUCCCUUGACGAGGGAGAACGUGUGGCAAAGGAAAAAAGAUCAACUAUGCCAACCAUGCUACUCUCUUCAUUACAGGCUACUAUCACUCAGCAAAGACAAAAACUAGCAGAUCAAAUUGCAGAAUCUGCCUGCCAGCCUUCUUCUAGUGGCGCAGAGCUUCGAUCAUCUGUAGAAAUAAUCAAACGACUUGGUGAUGGUCCACGGGCCCAUACACUACUUCUUAACUCACACCACCACAAGUUACAAUCUAAAAUUCAAGGUAUUCAGACAUCGGGCUCAACAUAUGGUGUGGCCUACACUGCUGCCCUGUCUCAACUAGUCUUUUCAAUCAUAGCUCAGGCAUCAAGUGAUUCUUUAGCCAUAUUUGGUGAUCAACCCUUGUACACAUCUGAACUUGUGACAUGGUCUGUCAAGCAGACCAAUACUUUCGCGAAUCUCAUGAAGAGACAUGUAAUUGGUUCACCUUCCGCUUCAGGGGGGCUGCGAACUGUAGCCGAGUGUGUUCAGAUUUCAAUGGGUCAUUGUUAUCUAUUAGAAGCUCAUGGAUUGGCACUUGCACCCGUCCUCCUCAGACAUUUUAGGCCGUGUGUUGAACAAGCGUUGAAUGCUAACUUGAAAAGGAUUGAGCAAGGUACUGCUGCUCUAGCAGCUGCAGAUGAUUGGUCACUCAGCUUCCCACCUGUCGGCUCUCGUUCUUUGGGUACUACUGCUUCCCUUGGAAGUUCAAAUGUAUCUCAGCUAAAGUUGUCAAGUAGCGCUCAUAGAUUUAAUGUGUUGGUUCAGGAAAUGUGUGAGGAUGUUGGACUCCUCAGGUCGUUGCAGUUUUCAAACCGGGCCAUGGAAGGUCUUGUACAAGUAUUUAAAUCAUAUGUUCACAUGCUAGUAAAUGCAUUGCCUGGUUCAUCUGAGACCGAGAACUUGGAAGGUAGAAUUGUGAGGAUCGCAGAGGAUGAAACUCAGCAGAUAGCAUUACUAAAUAAUGCAUAUUUGUUAGCGGAUGAGCUACUUCCACGAGCAGCCAUCAAGUUAUUGCCUGCACAACAGUGUCUUGCCCCUGAUACCCCUAGAAGAGCUUCAGAAAAACAACUACGUACUCCAGAGCAAAGAGAAUUAAAGAAACAACUCCUUCGAUUUGUUGAUCAGCUGAAAGAUAGUUUUUGUAGAAAACAUGCCCUCAAUCUCAUCUUUACAGAUGAUGGAGGUGCCCGACUUAAUGCGCAGAGGUACUUGAGUAUGGAUGAAAGUUUAGAAGAACCGGAAUGGUUCCCAUCUCCAAUAUAUCAGGAACUGUUUGUUAAGCUGUGUACCGUUUCAAGCUUAGCAUCCAAGAUGUUUAUGGAAAGGCAAAAGUUUACCACCCUUCUUUUGAUUAGACUAACAGAAACAGUAGCUUUGUGGCUUUCUGAUGAACAAAGUUUUUGGGAAGAAGUUGAACACGGGCCAAAGCGUCUAGGACCUUUUGGGCUUCGACAGUUUUAUCUAGAUAUGCAGUUUAUUAUAGUCUUUGCCAAACAAGGGCGUUACUUAUCACGGAGUCUACGAGAAGUUAUCCAGGGUAUCAUUUCAAGAGUUAUGGAAUCGGUUGCUGCUGUGGAUACAGAUCCUUAUAGCUUGUUACCUGAGGAUGAUUGGUUCACUAAUACCGGUCAAGUUGCAAUUAAGAUGUUGACCGGAACUGACACCUUGGAAAAUGUAGAAGUUACAAGUCCAACAGCUUCUUUGUCAAUUGUGUCUCAAGGGAGUAAUUAGUGCAUCUUCGCUCGCAAACAGGAUCCUUACAAAAUGGCUUAGUACUUAUACCAUGAAGAGUGUUAUAUCUUGCUAAUUACUCCAAACUAACUGGAGAUGUAUGGAUGUUACAUCACUUUGACUACUUGGAAAACGCAACAAGUGGAUCGCCUUCAUUGGGCUACUAUACGCGGCUUGCGCACACGCAUACGACACAGACUUUGUUUUG